CUUUAACCCUUUCUUGGAGGACGAGGGGAGGCUGGCCGCGGAGUUUGCGUUGCUCUCCAGCUCCGAAGAGCUCGGAGCGCGGAUCCUUGCCUUGCGCGCCUGGCUUUGGAGACCGGAGGCUUUGUCGCGUUUGCCGGGCUCGGUUGCUGAAGAGACCUCUGGUUGUGUGUAAAGUUUCCAGUUUUCCAGGAAGAAAAAAUCCUCGGCUUCUUCCUGCCCUCCUGCUCCUAUCAAUGAAAAGUGUUUUGCAGAUCGGUAAAGUCCUUUCAAUUUGACCAGAACAGCAUUUAAGCGCAGCAAGCAAAGGAGAAGGAAGAGGCCCCCAGUGUUGUCUUGAGUGAAACUGCUGGGAAAUUCAUGGAAGAAAGCAAUCAAUACAUCCUGGAAGGGGAAACCACCAAUGGGGUUCUACGAAUUCACUCUUUCAAGGAAUUCGGCUACCAAGAGGCUGACGGGCCCCGAGAACUUUGUAGCCGACUCCACCAUAUUUACCGUCUACGGCUAAAGUUAGAAAAACACACGAAAGCUCAGAUGCUGGACCUUCUGGUGCUGGAGCAGUUCCUGACUGUGCUUCCUCCAGAGAUGGCCAGCUGGGUGAGGGAAUGUGGAGCAGAGACCUGCUCCCAGGCGGUGGCCCUGGCAGAAGGCUUUCUACUGAGCCAGGCGGAGCAGAAGAAGCUGCAGGCUCAGGAGCCUUUCAGGGAGAUGACAAUUGAACACUAUAAUAAAUAUCCUCCUCAGAACCUGGUUUUUGGUGGGAUCUCCCAGAAGAAACCAUUUCUGGACCCAUCUUCAGCAAACGGAACAGCCGUGAUGCUAGGUGUGAAAACAGCUCUUCUUUCUGGUGGAAAAGGAACAGUGAUUACACUUCCAACUCAGGAGCCCAUAACCUUUGAAGACGUAGCAGUGCUGUUCUCUGAAGGGGAGUGGGCCAUGUUGAAUUUUGACCAAAAAUCUCUAUACGAGGACGUGAUGCUGGAAAAUGCAAGCAAUAUGGUCUCCUUAGCAGUUGGUGGACAACAGACUGAGAGUUAUACAAAGCAAGCUGUAGAGCCUUCAAAAUCAAUGGAAACUGAAAUCAGAGGAGAGAUAUUUGGGAAUCUGUGGGGACCAGAAAGGCCCAAGGAAACCCAGUUAAACAGAGACCUGGAAAAAUCCCUCAUCUCUCCGUAUGCAUGCAGAAAAGAUGAAAAAAGGCAUAGUUGGAACCUUCCUCUUAAUUUACACCAAGACUUUGACCUUAGAGAUAAAAGAUACAAAUGCAUGGAGUGUGGGAAAAGCUUCAGCAAGAACAGUAAUCUUAAUGCCCAUAAAAGGAUCCACACAGUAGAAAAACCAUAUAAGUGUAUGGAAUGCGGAAAAAGCUUCCGCAGGAAUAAUAAUCUUACUUCCCAUAAAAGGAUCCAUUCCGGAGAGAAACCAUAUGAAUGCCUGGAGUGCGGGAAGAGCUUCCGCAAAAACAGUCACCUUACGUCUCAUAAAACAAUCCACACCGGGCUGAAGCCGUACAAGUGCACGGAGUGUGGAAAGAGCUUCAGUAUGAACAGUUACCUUACUUCCCAUAAAAGGAUCCACACUGGGGAAAAGCCGUACAAAUGCACGGAGUGUGGAAAGAGCUUCAAUGGCUUGACUUCCUUUACCACCCACAAAAGACUCCACUCGGGCGAAAAACCAUAUAAAUGCACGGAGUGCGGAAAGAGUUGCAACACCAGCAGUGAUCUUACUUACCACAGAAGGAUCCAUUCAGGGGAGAAACCCUAUAAAUGCCUGGAGUGCGGGAAAACCUUCCGUAUUAGCUCAUCUCUUACUUGCCACAGAAGGAUCCAUACCGGGGAGAAACCGUAUCAGUGCCCGGAAUGUGGAAAGCGCUUCAUAAUGAGUUCUUCGCUUACGUGCCACAGGAGAACCCACACAGGAGAGAAACCGUACAAAUGUUUAGAGUGUGGAAAAAGUUUCAGUCAGAACGGUCACCUUACUUCUCAUAAGAGGAUUCACAUAGCAGAAAAAGUUCAAUAUAAAUGCAUGGAGUGUGGGAAAAGCUUCAGCAAGAACAGUAAUCUUAAUGCCCAUAAAAGGAUCCACAUGGUAGAAAAACCAUAUAAAUGCAUGGAAUGUGGAAAGAGCUUCUGCAGGAAUGAUACUCUUACUUCCCAUAAACGGAUCCAUUCUGGGGAGAAACCAUAUAAAUGCCUGGAGUGUGGAAAAAGCUUCCGCAAGAGCAGUCAUCUUCAUGCCCAUAAAAAGAUCCACAUGGUAGAAAAACCAUAUAAAUGCACGGAAUGCGGAAAGAGCUUCUGCAGGAAUGAUAAUCUUACUUCCCAUAAACGGAUCCAUUCUGGAGAGAAACCAUAUAAAUGCCUGGAGUGUGGAAAAAGCUUCCGCAAGAACAGUCAUCUUACAUCUCAUAAAAGGAUCCACGUGGUAGAAAAACCAUAUAAAUGCAUGGAAUGCGGAAAGAGCUUCUGCAGGAAUGGUAAUCUUACUUUCCAUAAACAGAUCCAUUCCGGGGAGAAACCAUAUAAAUGCCUGGAGUGUGGAAAAAGCUUCCGCAAGAGCAGUCAUCUUCAUGCCCAUAAAAAGAUCCACAUGGUAGAAAAACCAUAUAAAUGCACGGAAUGCGGAAAGAGCUUCUGCAGGAAUGGUAAUCUUACUUCCCAUAAACAGAUCCAUUCCGGAGAGAAACCAUAUAAAUGCCUGGAGUGUGGAAAAAGCUUCUACAAGAGCAGUCAUCUUACAUCUCAUAAAACAAUCCACACUGGACUGAAGCCGUAUAAAUGCAUGGAGUGUGGAAAGAAUUUCAGUAUGAACAGUUCUCUAACUUCUCAUAAAAGGAUCCACACUGGGGAAAAGCCGUAUAAAUGCACGGAGUGUGGGAAGUGUUUCAGUGGCUUGACCUCCUUUACCACUCAUAAAAGACUCCACUCAGGUGAAAAACCAUUUAAAUGCACGGAGUGUGGAAAAUGUUUUAGAGGGUUGAGUUCAUUUACUUCCCAUAAAAGGAUUCACUCAGGAGAAAAACCCUAUGAAUGCACACAGUGCGGAAAGUGCUUCAAUAGGAACUAUUCCCUUACCUUUCAUAAAACAAUCCACACAGGAGUGAAACCUUACAAAUGUGUGGAGUGUGGGAAGAGUUUCAGUAUGAACAGUUCUCUAACUUCUCAUAAAAGGAUCCACACAGGAGAAAAACCAUACAAAUGCAUGGAAUGUGGGAAAAGCUUCUGCAUGAGCAGUAACCUUACUUCCCACAAAAGGAUUCACAGUGAUCCAAAAACAUCAAAACAUGUAGAGUGUGGGAAAAACUUUGAUAAGAGUUUUUCCAAUAAAAAGAUCCUCACAGGGCAGAAAACGUAUCAGUGCAUGGAAUGUGGCAAAUGCUUUAGUAAGAGUAGUUCCCUUACUUCCCAUAAAACAAUUCAUACUGGAGAGAAACCCUAUCAAUGUGUGGACUGUGGAAAGAGUUUUACUCAGAAUAGUAAUCUUACAUCCCACAAAAGAAUUCACAGUGGGGAGAAACCCUAUAAAUGUACCGAAUGUGGAAGGAGCUUCAGUAUGAACAGUUCCCUUACUUCCCACAAAAGGACCCACACAGGGGAGAAACCAUAUAAAUGUAUGGUGUGUGGAAAGAGCUGCACUACUAGCAGUGAUCUAACUACUCAUAAAAGGAUCCACUCAGGAGAGAAACCCUAUAAAUGCAUGGAAUGUGGAAAGAGCUUCACUAUACGUUCUUCCCUUACUUCCCAUAGAAGGACCCACACCGGUGAGAAACCCUAUAAAUGCAUGGAGUGUGGAAAAAGUUUUAGUAUUAACUAUUCUCUAACCUGCCAUAAAAGGGUCCACACAGGAGAAAAACCCUCUAAAUGCAUGGAGUGUGGAAAGAGCUUCAGUAUGAGGAGUAACCUUACUUCUCAUAAAAAGAUCCACGGAAGGGGAAAGCCAUAUGAAUGUUGUCAGUGAAUUGUGAUACCUCAGAAACAUGAUUAAUCAAUUCAUGAUUAAUUGAUUAAUCAUCAUGAAUUGAUUGAUUGAUGAAUUAAUAAGCACUUAAUUUGGAAUUUCCUUCAGUAGCAAAUUUGCUUCUCAUAAAAGUAUUCCCUCAGAGAAGAAAUUGUAUCAAUAGAUUGAGUGUAAGGAAAGCUUUAGCUAAAGCAAUCCAUUUCCCCUCUCAAAAAUAAUUCACACAUUUUGGGAAAAAUUGUGACAAACUGGAACAUGUCUAGAGGAGAGUGACUAAGAUGACAAAAGGCCAGAAUGGAAAGGCUUAUGGGUAGUAGUUAGAGCCACUUGGUGUCAAUGUUCUGACUAAAAAAUCCAACCAAGUAAGCACCGAUGCGAUGAUCCAAUUUUUUUGUGCAAAACUGUAUUAGGUAUAUCAUUUCGGCACGAAUGAAAGCAAAACCAGCUCUGGUUAUUUCCCACGCAAACUGCUAUCAUUAAAAUAGAAUUCUCCCCCUCUGAAUGCAGGUCACAUUGUUCAAGUGUUAAAAUAUUGUUAUGGGAAAGUAUCUUUGUUUAUGGGUAAACACUUGUUGAAACAUCCUUGGUUCAUACGGUUGGUUUUUUUUGGAUUCUGCAUUCCAUUUCCUCCCCUCUUUUCCCCCUGAGUGCAAUGGCAAGCUAAGAAGCAGUAACGAUAGCAAUAUUGUGCACACACUUUAAGCUUGACACUGGGCCUGCUUAGCACCUGGACUGCAGUAACAUGACAAUUGUUUUCUAAGUAUCUCCAGGUCUGUCAUGUAGAAAGUUGGUUGAUUUAUGUAGAAUUUAUCGACAAGACAGAAAGUUUCUGUUAAUGACAAGAGCUGUUCAACGAUGAAGAAACACCAAGGAUUGGAUUGGGUGUUGAACAAGAUGACCUCUGAGGUCCAUCUCAACUCAUCUGUUCUCUCAUUCCAUGAUCCUGUCAGGAACCAAAGCAAGACAUGGCUCAAGGGCAACUUCUCUGAAUUUGUGAGAGAAAAUAGCUUACAAGAUAUUUCAGGUUGAGAAUAUCUUUAUCAUGUUGCUUUAUUUAGUUGAUAAUACCUCCCCACUACCUCAGUAGACAGCAGGAGACUCAGAGAAUCCUCACCCUGAUGGAGGUGGAAAUAAACGAAAUGCUAAAGUAUACAUAUCCAAUUGCCAAAGUUUUUAUAGCCUGGCCUUUCUCCUUUUAAUAAAUCUAGUUUGAUAACUUAGAGUUGUUAUUUUUUAAUUAUAAAGGUAAUCCUUGAUGUACGGCCAGUCGCAUAAUAACCAUUCAGAGUUACAAGAGACUUCAAAAAUUAGGAGCUGUCCUUAAAGUUAUGACUGCCAUCCCUUCCCCCUCCCUGCAAUCACAUGAUUGCAUUUUGGGCAACUGGUUUGGCAUUUGUGGCUGAUUGUAGCAUCUUGUGGUCAUGUGAUCACAAUGUGCAACUUUUUUUUGCCAUUUUGCAGCAAAAGAAAUCCCCACCUAUUAACUAUGCCGUGGUGGUGCAGUGGUUAGAAUGCAGUACUGCAAGCUACUUCUGCUGACUGCAGUUUGGCAGUUUGAUCCUGACCGGCUCAAGGUUGACUCAGCCUUCCAUCCUUCCAAGGUCGGUAAAAUGAGGACCCAGAUGGGUUGAGGGCAAUAACCUGAUUCUGUAAAACCACUUAGAGAUGGCUGUAGAAGCACUGUGAAGUGGUAUAUAAGACACAAGUGCUAUUGCUAUUUCUAACUUAACAAUUGCAAUGAUUCACUUAACGGUCGUAAAACGGGGCUAAAACCAUUCAACAAAUGUUUCCCUUGGCAGCAUCAAUUUGGGGCUCAAUUGUCAUAAGUUGAGGACUACCUGGAAUGCCAUUGAAAGAGUCGCUUGCUGCGACAGGCAAAAAAAGAAUAAACAUUGUAUCAUUUCUUCACUACCUACACUGGCUGAUGCAGUAGUGCUUUUUUGAGACUAAAUUCAAAAUGCUGGUUUUGACCACAAUGUAGGAUCUGGUUGUCUGAAGGAGUGACUUCUCUCUAUAUACCUACCCAUACUUCAGGUUAUCCAAUGAAGCCCUCCAGGUGCCACCACCCAUGGGUCUCUACAGGGAAUUUAUGGAAUCUAUAUAUUCAGUUUGUGUAGUUACCAAUCUCCACUUUCACUGCCGGUUUCCAUCAAGCAAAGACAAUGGAGAAGCUGGCAGAAGAUCUUAAGUAAUGACCACACGUUCAAGGGACACUGUGACUGCAUGGGAUUCCCUUCAUGAUGGCAACAGGGAUUCCACAAUUCCUGUUAGUUGGCACAAUCACAUGGUGUUAGACUUCACAACUGUGUGGUUUACCGAAGGAGUUGCUGGUCCCAAUCACCAUGGUUAAGCAAGGACUACUGUUUUACCAAAACCCAGCAAUUGAUGCAAAAUUUUAUUUAUUAAACUAAUGUAUAUGUCCCUCCCCCAAAUCACACACAGGUGACUCCAGGCAUCUUACAAUAUUUAAGAUCCAUAAGAUCCCCUCCUUCCCCAGUCGCAGCAGCAACACAAUCAAACCAACACUUGAUUGAUCCUGUCUCCAUUCAGGGUCCUCAGGCUGACCAACAUUGUGCCAAACAUUGUUAGGCAAGGACCCCAGGGGCUGGGCAUUGGACCUCUUAACCUUGAUCAAUACCAUGUGAAAAUAGCCUUGAAGAAGGAAGUGAAUCAAGACAACACAGUGUCCUCACUCUCAACUCAUGUAGCCAUUUGUGAAGGAUACCAUGGUUGAUGGUAUUAAAAGCCUCUGACAGGUUACCCAGAGUGAAACUUGACACACUACCACCAUCUUGUUCCCAUCAGAGAACAUCAAAAAGCAUGACUACUAGUUUCCAUUUCAUAUCCAGGUGUGAAUCCUGACUUCAUCCAGGAUCCCCUGAAGCUGCAGUAUGACCAAAUUGUCAUCCCCAACAAGGGUAAACUGGAGAUAGGAGGAAGGUUCUCCAUCUGGGUGGAAGCUAGUGAUGGCUUCUUAAGAAAGGGGUGAACCAAAGCCACCUUAAAGUAUUGAGGCUCCAUUCCUUUCACCAAAGAAGCAUUUACCACUGCCAACCCCACCUUCAUGUUACCAUCCAGAAGGUCUUAACCAGCUGGCAAGGGGACAUGGAUCUAAAAUACAGAUGACCAAGCUCAUAAUCAUAAU